CGGGCGGGGGGCGCCAUGCCGGAGCUGGCGGUGGACCGCGUGGUGGUGCACCCGCUGGUGCUGCUCAGCGUCGUCGAUCACUUCAACAGGUGGGGCCCGGCCGGCGGCGGGGCCGCGGCGCUGAGUCACGGGCCCGGGCCGCGCCGCGCCGAGAGGGACGCGGGGCUGCGGGGGGGCCGGGGCCGGGCGAUCGCUCGGAUCGACACCCCGAGGCGGAGGAAUCGCGGCCCGGAGCGCGCUAGGGGGGGAAUAGGAAAGGUUGGGAACCAGAAGCGUGUGGUGGGUGUGCUGCUGGGCUCCUGGCAGAAGAAGAUCCUGGAUGUGUCCAACAGCUUUGCGGUACCUUUUGAUGAGGACGACAAGGAUGAUACUGUGUGGUUUCUAGACCAUGACUAUCUAGAGAACAUGUAUGGAAUGUUUAAGAAGGUCAACGCUAGAGAAAGAAUAGUUGGUUGGUACCACACAGGCCCUAAACUGCACAAGAAUGACAUUGCUAUCAAUGAACUGAUGAAAAGAUACUGUCCAAACUCUGUGUUGGUGAUUAUUGAUGUGAAACCAAAAGACCUGGGACUGCCCACAGAAGCUUAUAUUUCAGUUGAAGAAGUUCACGAUGAUGGCACUCCAACCUCCAAGACAUUCGAGCAUGUGACUAGUGAGAUCGGAGCCGAGGAGGCAGAGGAAGUUGGUGUUGAACACUUGUUACGAGACAUCAAGGAUACCACGGUGGGCACUCUGUCCCAGCGGAUCACAAAUCAGGUCCAUGGCUUGAAGGGACUGAACUCCAAGCUUCUGGACAUCAGGAGCUACCUUGAGAAAGUAGCCAUGGGCAAGCUACCCAUCAAUCACCAGAUCAUUUACCACCUUCAGGAUGUCUUCAACCUGCUACCGGAUGUCAAUCUGCAAGAAUUUGUCAAGGCCUUUUACCUGAAGACCAAUGACCAGAUGGUGGUAGUUUACCUGGCUUCUCUUAUCCGCUCGGUGGUUGCCCUGCACAAUCUCAUCAACAACAAGAUUGCCAAUAGGGAUGCAGAGAAGAAGGAAGGACAGGAAAAAGAAGAGAGUAAAAAGGAGAGGAAAGAUGAGAAGGAGAAAGACAAGGAGAAGAGCGAUGUCAAGAAAGAGGAGAAAAAAGAGAAAAAGUAAAAUGUGUAGUUUUUUUAUUUGUAAAUUAAAAAAUCUUGUAAACUAA